UCUCAGAUAAAUAUUUCUAUAUCUAUCUGUGUAGCUUCUGCUUGUGUUGUGCGGCUUUGUGAGAGAGAGAGAGAGAGAGAGAGAGAGAGAGAGAGCAGUAUGUUGGUGAAGAAGAAGAUGAAAAUGAAAGGCUAUGGUUUCGUGUUUGCACUUGUUCUCAUCUUUUCCUCAGUGGCAGCUGAGAUAGUACCCCAAGAUCAUGAGAGCAAAGUGGAUGGGGCAGAGAAGACGGUAGAUGAUUGCAUUCAGUACGACGGCCUUGGUCGGCGCGGACGGUGUGGAAGCUCCGCCGCCUACGCUCGUGAAGAAGCCAUGCCAGAAACACACAGCGUAGCAAAAGAAUCAGAAGCGGGAAAUCAUGAGAUUUACAGCUUUGACAAUCACCAUUUUGGUGGUCAUCAUGGCGGUGGUGGAGGUUAUCAUGGCGGUGGUGGUGGUCAUCAUGCGGACAUGGAGGUGGUCAAGGCGGCGGGGGACAAGGUGGCGGCGGACAAGGAGGUGGAAAAGGCGGUGGUAAAGGUGGCGGACAAGGAGGUGGUGGUAGUGGCGGACACGGGGGUGGUAAAGGAGGUGGUGGUGGCGGACAAGGAGGCAGCGGUAAAGGUGGAGGACAAGGCAGUGGAGGUGGUAAAGGCGGAGGUGGCGGACAAGGAGGUGGUGGACAAGGAGGUGGUGGUAGUGGCGGAUAUGGGGGUGGUGGUGGAGGACAAGGCGGCGGUGGUAAAGGCGGUGGACAAGGAGGUGGUGGUAGUGGCGGACACGGGGGUGGUAAAGGAGGUGGUGGUGGCGGACAAGGAGGCAGCGGUAAAGGUGGAGGACAAGGCAGUGGAGGUGGUAAAGGCGGAGGUGGCGGACAAGGAGGUGGUGGACAAGGAGGUGGUGGUAGUGGCGGAUAUGGGGGUGGUGGUGGAGGACAAGGCGGCGGUGGUAAAGGCGGUGGACAAGGAGGUGGUGGUAGUGGCGGACACGGGGGUGGUAAAGGAGGUGGUGGUGGCGGACAACGGCGGUGGAGGUGGUAAAGGCGGAGGUGGCGGACAAGGAGGUGGUGGUAGUGGCGGACACGGGGGUGGUAAAGGAGGUGGUGGUGGCGGACAAGGCGGUGGUAAAGGUGGCGGACAAGGCAGUGGAGGUGGAUACGGUGGAGGGGGUGGAGGAUACGGUGGAGGUGGAGGUGGCGGAGGAUACGGUGGAGGUGGUGGAUACGGUGGAGGUGGAAGUAGCGGGGGUGGCAGUAAUUAA